AUGGCCGACGUCAACAGACCAGUGACUCCUCCACCGAAGACCAUGCCAACACCACUUACUCCCGAGCAGAUUCGACAAUUCGAACUCAAUCGCCUGAAAGCGAAGCAGAGGCAACGUCAACGCGAAGAGGAAAUAUCUGCAUCAUCCUCGCUUAACAGCAAUAGAAAGCGACCUAUAGGAGUAACACCUGCCACUUCAAACUCGCCUACCAGCUCGAGUCAGCCAUUACAGCGUGACUCGCGACUUGGCACAUACUUUGAAUAUGACUUAUCGAAAAUGGUUAACUCCAAAGGCGGUUUCCUUGUCGAAGAUGAUAAAGAUGCCGACGAGGAGGUCCGACGGAAGGAGAAGGAACGAGAAAGGCAGAGGGCAAGGCAGAACCAAGAGCCAGAUAUCGACCACACGUAUAAGAACAUUUUCAAGUGCUUAAUAUGCAAACGAUGCCAAGACGAAAAGCCAGACAAAUACAGUCUUCUCACCAAGACGGAAUGUAAAGAGGAUUAUCUUCUGACAGACGCUGAACUACGCGACCAAGAGCUUCUACCGCAUUUGCUAAAGGCAAACCCCCACAAAUCUACAUUUGCUAAUAUGAUGCUGUUCCUUCGUUGCCAAGUUGAAGAUUUCGCAUGGAAGAAAUGGGGAUCACCGGAAGAAUUAGACGCAGAAUAUGAACGACGGAUGGCCGAAAAGAAGAGAAAGAAGAAUAAGAAGUUUGAGCAGGGACUGAGAGAUCUUCGCAGACGAACGAAGGAAGGGAUCUGGCAGAGAAGAAAAGAUGAAGAGCACGUUCAUGAAUUUGGGCCGGCAGAACGAGGAGAUGAUGGCAUGACGAGACAAACAUGCGAUGACUGUGGAUUUAUGGACGACCCAUCUCUCAAUAACCAAGCAGAACAUGAGCAAAUCUCUACUGCGUUAGAGGUAGAACGGCUCGAAGUGAACCUCUUUCGCUCUAAAUCCCUUUGGAUGCCCACCCGUGCUCGUGGUGUCUUUGGAGGACAGGUCAUCAGUCAGGCUUUAGUUUCUGCUACUUACUGCGUGAAUCCGGCAUAUGGUUUACAUUGUUACUUUCUCACAAGCGCGUCUCCCGCCACCCCAAUCGUUUACUACGUCGAACGCCUCCGUCAAGGAAGGUCAUACACCUCCCUUUGUGUCAAAGCCGUGCAGAAUGGAUCCAUGAUAUUCAUCCUCAUGUGUUCGUUCCAAAAGCCUGAACCUUGGCAGCCAUCGCACCAGUGGUCCAUGCCCGACGUUCCGACCCCAGAGGAAUGCGACCUUGAAGAAGACCAUAUGCUCAGAGAUAGCAACAGAGACAACAUGACUGCAAGAAUCAAGCAUAUCCUCAAAUUAUAUGCAGAUAGUCCAUGUGCACAGGAGAGGACAAAGAGCCCUAUUGCUAUCAAACGAGCGAAGGAACAUGAAAUAACCUCGGACGGCAGUACUAGGUAUAUGUAUUGGAUGAAAGCAAAGAACAUUCCCCAGUAUGAGCCGCAUUUUCAAAAGCCAAGACAGCCUUUCCUAAUUAUUGGCCCAGUGUAUCCUCGCCUAUCUAUCGGAUUUAUACUUUCUUGUCGCGAAUUAAGCAUCAGUGUCGCUGGUCGAAUUUUAGGUCUCACACGCUAUUCGAAAGGCCCAGAGGCAUUGGCUAUGUCUUCAACCAUCGACCAUGCCAUCUACUUUUACGAGUCAGCUCAUCUUUCUUCCCUUGUCACCAGCGAUACCGUUGACUGCGGUGAUUGGUUGCUGUACACGAUGGAAUGUCCGAGGGCAGCCUCAGGCCGCGGUGUCAUGAGAGGGCAGAUAUUUACCCGUGGUGGAACCUUAGUUGCUGUUACAACACAAGAAGGUGUCGUCCGAGCAAACAUUCGCGGGCCUGCUGAGGAAGUGAAGGUUCCUACGAAACUAUAG